CAAAAGACACAGGAUGCAAAGUAUCAUUUAUCGCUCUGUCAGAGACCCAGCCGGUCCGGCUGUCCUCCCUGCUGCCAUGGCCGCGGAGGCUGCCGGUAGGAAUGAUGCCACGCGUGGACCUGCAAACAGCACAGAGAUGGAGGUGCGGCUGAAGGAGGAAAAAAUGAAGGCUGAUCUGGAGGCGCCUCUGCCGGCUGGACAGGAAGACUUUGCGAUCCGGUGUCGAGAUGUGUGCCGAUCGUAUGGCAAACUGAAGGUCCUCAACGACCUGAACCUGGCUGUGCCACAGGGACAAAUUUACGGCCUUUUGGGACCCAGUGGAUGUGGGAAGACCACACUUCUGAAAUGUAUUGUGGGAACCUUGAAAAUCUCACGAGGUCACAUCACUGUGCUAGGGAAGCCGCCUGCGUUUCCUGGCCACGAUAUUCCGGGGAAGAAAGUCGGAUACAUGCCACAGGAAUUGGCGCUGUACAAUGAGUUAACCAUCAGUGACACCCUGACCUUCUUUGGCCGAAUUCAUGGUCUGACAUCUAAGGAAACCCAGGCACGCAUGAACUUUCUCAUUGACUUCCUGGAUCUACCUCAGAAGACCAGUCUGGUCCGAAAUCUUAGUGGGGGUCAGCAGCGAAGGGUGUCUCUCGGAGCGGCUCUGCUGCACAAUCCAGAGCUGCUCAUCCUGGAUGAACCAACAGUGGGAGUAGACCCUGUGCUCAGAUCCAAGAUCUGGCAUCACCUGGUAGAGAUUGUGAAGACGGGAAAAGUCUCUGUUAUCAUCACCACACACUACAUAGAAGAAGCCACGCAAGCCAAUGUGGUCGGUCUCAUGCGACAUGGCCGGUUGCUGGCUGAAGGUCCCCCAGAUGCCGUCAUGAAGCAGCACUGUGCAACAACCCUGGAGCAUGCCUUCCUGCAGCUGUGUGAGACGUCAGACCAGGUCGACUCUAAACGCGAUUCCAGUUCUCCAGAUGGAACGUUGGAGAAAAGCCAGUCAUUUGAGAGUGGGAAGGAUGAGAGUCAGCCAGUUCUUGGAGUCAGAUCUCCACCUGCAGAGGAAAGCCUCAAAUGUUCAGUGCACUGGAAGGUGCGAGCAAGACAUGUGCUGCCAAAGUGGAGGAACAUCGCAGCCCUGAUGAUCAAAACAUUUGUGCGGAUGAAGAGAAUGCCAGGCUUUUUAUGUUUCCUUUUCCUGCUGCCCGUCAUCCAGAUCUCACUCAUCUGUUUGGUUGUCGGAGAACCAAAAGGAAUCCGGGUUGCUAUAGUGAACAAUGAGACCUCCCCCUCUGCUUUCAGCCAAUCAUUCCUCUCCUUCCUGGACAACUCGAGUGUGCAGCAGGUGAACUUGUCCCACAAAGAAGCUUUUGAGGGAAUCUAUAAUGGAGAGUACUGGGGUGUAAUCGCCUUUGGCAGGAACUUCACCAGCUACCUGAUUAAACGGAUGCUCCAGCGGCAGGUCUCUCAGGAGAUAAUCGAUGGAGGAUCAAUACACGUCUGGCUGGACCAGACAAAUCGGCAAAUUGCCCUCAUGGUGCAGAAGAAACUACACCAGGCCUUCCAGGCAUUUGUGGAUUAUAAGCUGGGUGGCAUGGCAUAUAUGGUUGCCUUACCAAUAAAGUUUGAGGAGCCAAUCUACAACAGCCAAAACACAGACUUUACUACAUUUGUGACACCUGGAAGUGCGCUAAGUAUCACCUUCUACCUGGCCGUGGGUCUGACAGCACUCUCCUUUGUCCUGGAGAGGAAAGAGGGGCUUUUGGAUAGAUGCUGGGUCGCAGGUGUGAGCUCCCUUGAGACGAUACUGGCUCACCUCUUCUCUCAGCUGUUCAUCAUCAGCAUUCAGAUCAUUCUGUUGCUUCUUAUGAUACUGCUCGUCUUCAAGAACCCUAACGAAGGGUCCUUGGUGCUCGUCAUAAUUCUGAUGGUGCUGGAGGGUGUCACAGGCAUCUCAUUAGGCCUCGUAAUCUCAUCUGCAAUCGACGACGAGCAGAGCGCCAACCAGGCCGCUCUGGGUAUCUUCUACCCCAAUCUCAUCCUUAGUGGUAUAUUCUGGCCUGUGGAAUGUAUCCCGUAUCCUCUCAGCUACCUUAGCCUGGUCCUUCCUCUGACAUACGCCUCAGAAGCCCUUCGCUGUAUCAUGUGCAGAGGUUGGGAUUUGUCUCGGAUGAUGGUGUGGCGAGGCUUCGCUGUUACCCUGGGCUGGAACAUUCUUUUCCUCAUCUUGGCGACAGUCAUCUUGAAGCUGCGGAUGUGACAG